AUGUCAGUGUCCCCAGGUCUCGUCGAUCUUUCGCGUCUUUACCAGACCGAGUUUGUCCGGAGCAUCCGUGCAGUCGGCGUCCUGUGGGCCGUCUGCACGCUCUGUUUCGCCAUCAUCCAUGUGGUCAUCCUUGUGCAACCGUCUUGGAUUAGUACUACAGACACCAGGACAUCGAAGGUGGUACUGCCAAAACCCAGUGGUACCAUGGGACUGUUUGAGGUGUGUAUGGAGUCGGACUGGCCAGUCCCAGACUGUCAGGGUGCUUUGUCCAGUCUGUCGCCGCUGCCGUCCUUCCAGUCAGUGGCAGUGUUGGUUGGAGUGUCCCUGUGGGCCGUGUGGACCAGCGUCCUCUGCCUCUGUCUCUUCAGGUUCUGCAGCGCUGCAACCGUCUACAAGAUCUGCGCCUGGCUGCAGCUGACAGCAG